AUGUCUCUGCCUACACCCAGUUUGUCGGCAUCAAGCCCCUGCUGGCCGACUUUGUCUCGCCCUCUCGCCGUCGAGUCGGACGCCUUCUACAAGUGGACCGAGCACCUCCACGUCACGGCCCGCGUGCUGUCGCCCGACCCGUCACAAAAGGUCAUCACGGCCGACCUCUACCAGCGCAACAACGGCAUUGCCCUGCCCGAGCCCAACUUUUUCUACGUCGAAAAGUCCGCCCACCUGUCGCAGUCGGACUUUGGCAUCCUCUUCCCCUGGCUCACGAAGCGCAUCUUCAACUCGGUCGAGCCCGAGCGCGCCCUGCGCGUCAACCUGCGCGCCCAGCUGCAGGUCCUCCGCGCCAACGGCGUGCCCGUCGCGCGCACCUGGGUCGGCGACCUCGUCGACGGCGUCGGCGCCGAAAAGGACGACAGCGGUAGUGGCAGUGAGGGCGAGGGCGAAGGCGAGGUCAGCGACGGCGUCACGGACGACAGGGCCAUCUUCCUGCGGAGCGACGGCAAGAUCGUCGACUGCUGGCACUGGGUCGAGACGAUCGGCAAGGGCGACGAGAAGAAGGCGGAUGCGCAGGCGGGCGAGGGCGUCAGCGCGCAGGUCGCUGAUGUCGAGGCCUCGGCGCCGCAGAUGGAGGCUGAGAUUGAGCCGCCUGUUGUCGGCAGGACCGUCUCUGCGUCGGCGUGA